AUGGGCUACCUCUCUUGUAAAGCCGAGUCGUCCAUCUCAAUCGUCGAUUCCGGCAAAGAAAGACCGGUCAAGAUCCAGCAAUUCAGCUACUCGGACCUCGAGCUGGCCACUGCCAACUUCUCCCACUCCAGGCUCCUCGGCCGCGGUAGCCACGGCCUCGUCUACAAGGGCCUCCUCCGCGGCGGCCGCCCCGUCGCCGUCAAGAAGCCCUCCCAGAAGACCCAGAGCCCCUCCGAGUUCGACAACGAGAUAGACAUCCUCUCCCGGCUCCACAGCCCCCGGUUCGUUAACCUCGUCGGGUUCUCCCGCCCCGACCCGACCCGCGCGGACCGCCUCCUGGUCGUCGAGUUCAUGAGCAACGGGACCCUCUACGACGCCCUGCACUCCAGCCCCCGCCCCCCGAGCUGGGGCCGCCGGAUCCGCCUGGCCCUGCAGACGGCGCGUGCAGUCCACACGCUCCACUACCAGUCGCCCCCCGUCAUCCACCGCGACAUCAAGUCCGCCAACGUCCUCAUCGACCGGAGAUUCAGCGCGCGGCUCGGAGAUUUCGGCCUCGCCCUGCGGUGCGGCGACGGUUCCCGCCUGAAAUCGACCCCGCCGGCGGGGACCAUGGGGUAUCUGGACCCCGGGUACGUCACUCCCGACAGCCUGAGCACAAAGACCGACGGCAUCUACGACGAAGGAUUUUCCGCCUCCACUGAAGAGAGGUGUGUCAAUGCUUCCACUGCCAAAGGAGGCUCGUGGAGCGAUUUUGCAGUGAACCCGUGCCUGGCGGUGGAGGAUGUGGGGCAGCCGGCGAAGUCGAGAGGUGGGGACGACGAGGGUAGAGUUGGGAAAGUGGCGAGGAACCCGAGGAGGGUGUACUCUGACUUGGGCAUUAGGAGCAAUUUGAUGGACUUGAUGUCGGCCGGCCCGAACGGGGGCCCGGAAUUUUCGAUGGUGCCGGCCGGAGGCGUUUAA